AUGAAGUUCUCCUCAUCUUCGAGUACCCUCCUACUCCGAUACACCUCCGAGCAUGUGAUUCCUCCCAUUGCCCAACGCUACCUGGGCUCUCCGGUACAUCCCAUUCGUCCCAAAAUCGCAUACAUGUAUGCAAAUCGCGACCCGAAAACACUCUGGUGGCGGGUAUCGGUAUCCCAUUUAAACCAGUUUAAACGCACCGUCCGAUCCUGGUGCGCACGGAGAGCGCGCAUGGCGUUUCAAGAGUCCCUCAAACGGCAAGGAUUUGACAACGUAGGGCGGUCUUUGUCGAUAGGCGCCUGGAACGAAAAGCCACCUCUGUUGGGCUCUUUGGAGAUCACGCUGCGUCCUACGUGUCUCCGGCAAAGUUUCGAGGAUUUGCAGAAAGACACCGACUACCUACUAAAAGGCAUUCUAAAGCACCGGGAGAGGCGUGGCGACCGCAACAAAAGCGAUGGCAAGUGUUCGUGA